AUGGGGAUCAUGAACUCCUUUGUCAAUGACAUCUUUGAGCGCAUCGCAGGCGAAGCCUCUCGCCUGGCUCACUACAACAAGCGCUCUACCAUCACCUCCCGGGAGAUCCAGACCACCGUGCGCCUGCUGCUACCCGGAGAGCUGGCAAAGCACGCCGUGUCCGAGGGCACCAAGGCUGUCACCAAGUACACCAGCGCCAAGUAA